GGGGUGUGUUGGAAAUGGUCUUAGAAACUAUGACAUGUUAAAAAUGUUGGUCUUAUUGGUAGAAGACUCGAAGUAGGAGAAGUGUUGUAGAUAAACAAUCUUAAAGUAACUACUCUACUAUAAUCAAGACCAUUCAUAAAUAAUUAUCGAUUGUAAACAUUAGAUAAUGAUGACAAUAGAUGUGGUCACUGGCGAUUUGCUUGACGGCAUAUUAUAUUGUGGUCAAUCAAGACGAGAGUACAGUUUUGUUUUUUUGCUUCCCUCUCAAUCUCGCUGUUCAUCGUUUUGAAUAGGCAUUUUUUUCACAGGCCAAUAGAUAUAGAGCCAACAAUUAGAAAACAAAAUCAGAGUAUUUUUAAAAACUAACGACAGCUCAAUAGCCUCAAUUAUAUCGGGACAUAAGAAAUUAAAAUUGUUAGGACUAACAAUAUUCCUCAAGCAAAUCUUAUUACUCAUCCACUUGUCGGUAUAAAUGUAAUAUUUUUUUGUUCUAUUGCUAAGAAAUAUGUUGACUUCACUAGAAACAUUUACAAAAAAAAUAAAAAAUCUAGCCAUCUUAAUAUUCAAUUUUUCUUUUUGGUAAAAAAAUUAAUGUUCAAAAUUUAGAAGAGAAAACAAAGAAACACAUAUUCUCGCAGAUAAACUUUAAUAUUCUUUCUAAGUUCUUGGUCUCGCAAAUACAAUCUGUUUGCUUGCUAUUGAUAUUUUCCUAAAAGACAUCUAAACAGAUUGGAUGAUUCUCUACAAUCAUUGUUCCAUUAUUCACAAUCAGUGAAUUGAAUCAGAUAGAUAAUUCCAUCCUGAUUAAGUUUUUAAAAUAAAAUGUCUUUGAGUAAUCCCUACGUAAUCCAAACUAGAGAAGUCUCAAGUCUGUCAUAUUCUCUCGAAUUAUUGCUGAAAUGUAGACUUUUGGCUAUGAAUAUGUUACUGUAUAUUCGUAAUACUUUCUUCCUUCAGCAAAUAACUUUCAAAAUAUAACGGGACAUAUGCUAAUUUGUUUUUUGAGUUAAAAACUAUAAAUCUUAGCACUGUAUCAAUAAUUUAAUUUCAUCUAAGUAGACUUUUGCUACACCUAACCAUCUUUACAUAUAUUCCAUUAUGACUUUUGUCCUCACUCCUUCCUUAUACAAAUGCAUACAAUAGAAAAAACAUGCAUAUAAAGUUUAGAAUAUAUAUGUGUGACUUUCUUAUUGUAUGGCAUGUUUUCGUAUUGUAUGCAUUUGUAUAAUUAAGGAAGGAGUUAUGAGGACAAAAGUCAUAUGGAACUAUAUUACAUUACAGGUCAUGUUUUUUAUUCUAAGCAGCCCCAUGGUUAUUUCUUAACAUUGUGGACUUUUGUGUGUGUGGACUUUUGGUGAUAUAUAUAUAUAUAUAUAUAUAUAUAUGUUCUCUAAACCAUAAUAUUCACACAUGUUUCAUAAUAGAGAAAUGGCGAAAACGAAAUCUGGAGAGAAGCUAAAGCAUAGACAGAGGAAAGGGUUCUGGUCACCUGAAGAAGACGAGAAGCUAAGCAGAUUCAUCCUCUCUCAUGGCCAUUCUUGCUGGACCACUGUUCCCAUCAAAGCUGGGUUACAAAGGAAUGGGAAGAGCUGCAGACUAAGAUGGAUUAAUUACCUAAGACCAGGAUUAAAGAGGGAUAUGAUUAGUACAGAAGAGGAAGAGAUUAUCUUGACAUUUCACUCUUCCUUGGGUAACAAGUGGUCGAUGAUUGCGAAAUACUUACCGGGAAGAACAGACAACGAGAUAAAGAACUAUUGGCACUCUCAUUUGAAAAAGAGAUGGCUCAAGUCUCCAUCUAUUUCCUCUUCUUCUGAGUCACGUGUUUCUUGUGUAGAAAGAAACCCACAAACCGUAGUGUCUAAUCACGUUAUCUCCUUCCAGGGACCUCCAGAGAAUACAUCUUCAUCUCCAUCACAUGAAAUCAAUGGCAACAACAAAUAUCCAUGUUCUUCUGGUCCUGAGAUCCCAAGGCUUUUCUUCUCCGAGUGGUUCUCUUCCUCUGAUUUGACAGACUCUAGCCACAAUCAAGCUCCAAGUAUUGAAGGAUCUGUCUUAGAUUACCAAGAAUCAGGUGAUGUUGAUCAGUUCCAUUACAACGAAAUAAUGAUUAAUAACAGCAACUGGACUCUUGACGACGUUGUGUUUGGCUCGAAGUGUCAGAAGCAGGAGCAUAAAGUUGAUAGAGAGGCCUCAGAUUGCAACUCUUAUGGUUUUUUCUUUUCUUCAUCAACAAUGACGUAACUAUGUUAAGUCUAAAUUAAUGUAAAUUAAAUUUGUAAAGGAAAAAAAAUUGGUGAUAAUAUGUUAAAAGAUUUGCAAUAUUCAUUAACUUUAUUUAAGAUUCUAGCACAAGAAGUAGCAAACUCGUAGUCAGCUAAACCAAACACAAAGUUUUUAGCUACAAAUAUGAUCUAAUGAUAAUAAAAGUGGCAAUACAGAUAUGAGUGUAGUGUAGAAUAUGUUUCAUAUAGAAGAAUAGCUGUAGUUUCAGCAUCUCAAUGGAGGAGGAAGGCGAAGGAGACUUAGCAGAAACAGUGAGUACCACAAAAGCACCAAAGAGAAUGGUGACAAUAGCCGUAAAGUUCACAAGAAAUGCUUCGGUUCCGUACUUAUCAAGCCCUCCACUCUCCAAGAAAGUCAGCUUUUCCAGAAAACCCUAAAGCUGCGUUCCCAACCGCAAUAAUAUAAACAAAUAAGCCCAGCAUUGCGUGCCACGGAAGCAAACCGCAUCUCAGAUUUGGUGACCCUCCAGGGAAGAAAUCACUAUGAAGCUGUACACCCACUGCAACGUUCAAAACUUUCGUGUUAUAUAGUUUUGCUUCAAGCAAAGUUUUGUCCUAAGUGUUUGUGGUUGUUCUGUAAGUAGACUUGAGAAGACCAUGGGAAUAUUGUAAUAACAGAUUCAUGGCUAGUCUAUGUAUUCUUAUUCGAGUGUGUUCAUGUGCGAGUAUGUUUGAGCAUAAAGUAAAGAGACAGAGAUUUGUUUCGGAUAUCCAGGACCGAAACUCAUAUACUAGAAAAAGGCCGCAACAAACUAUUGCUAUAUGGUAUCUAGCACACACACGUGCCUACCACUCUGAUCUAGAUUUACAAAGAUAAGAGCAACUACUACUCAUUGUUACACACAUCCAUGUGCAUCUUCAAUAGAAUCCUAGGCGUAUGACCGUUUCUUGUCACUGUCUUGUUCUCUUUAAUUAUACUACAUCCAAGUAAAACCCUAAGCCCAUUCAGCCUGCAACACAUCCAUGUGUUCUAAUGACGUUGAACCUCACUUCUCAUAAAUCCCAUGUGACCACUUCUCUUGUCAACAUAAAGCCCACAUCAGCAUCUCAGUCGUGACAACUCGAGUGUCAUUAUUGUGUUCCACACACAAUACCACAUCAUAGUAUUUCUUGUGUAACAGACAUAUCUUCACGAAUGAUCUCUUUGUCUUAGCAACUCCACAUCAACAUGUUCUUGUAUUCCAGCAUCUCUUUGAUAAUCUAUUCUGACAGCUUAUAAAGCUCAGUCAACACAAACUCUUCAAUCUCUUUCUUGGUGUCUGAGUUUUAUAAUCCACGCAACAUCAUCAGUCACCCUCAUAUACUGCGUAAUGGAUCUGAUCAUUCAAGAUGUCUUGUAACAUUCUCUCUCCCUUUUUAGUUUAGUUUGAUACUCAAGCACAUUGUAGUGAUCCAGGAUUGGAGGCUGUAGAGAUCAGGGAUUCCACUUUCGUAGUGGUUCUUGAAAACUGCGCAAAUUCCUCAGAUCCCGAGAGCCAGAGCAAUGGCAUGGAGAACAAGGUGGAUCAACUUCUUCACUGGUUUCUCAAGCGGAAGAGCUUUUGUAACUUAUAAUUGCUGCAUGUUCCAAUUCCAAAACACAGGUUUAUGUAGUCUUUAAAUUUGAAUCAAGAUAUAUAGUAAUAAAACUUCUGUCUCACUGUUCAACAGAUUCUGUUAUUGUUUACCUUCUCCUCCCAUUAUUACAAAUCCAAUGAGAACAGGGUGCAGCUGAAUCACAUUAAAAAGAAAGAAAAGUUCAGGUAAACUGGCGGUAGUGCCGGUCCAACAUUUUCAAUUUUUUCUUGAUGACAUACAUUCAAUUAAAACUUUGUGCCCUUGUUUUUCAUGUAAAUUUUUU